AAACGCAUUUGUGAACGUGACGGACGCUGAAAGAAGAAAAAUUGAAGAAAGAUUGAUUUUUAUAAAAUAAAACAGAUGAUUGGAAACAGUGAGGUUGAAAAGAAACAGAUGUAUAUCGACUAGGUGUGAUCUUAUUUUCGAGGAGUAUAGAAAUCAAUUUGAGAGCAAUGGCAGGAAUUAAUUGCGCAGUUUCAACAAGCUCACGUCAAUUAUUGCGGCUAUACAUGAGAGGAUUCACAUGUCCGUUUUCAUCUAAAAGCACAGACGAGGUCGGCGAGAGUCCGAGAUUACGUGAAUUCAGGAAAAAAUUGCGCGAACGCGCUCCUAUAGAGAAAUUGGAUGAAUUGGAAGAGGGCAAGCAUCCUUAUCAAGAGCAAGAACCUCUGAAACCAUUCCCGAACAACACCAAUCCAGAAACAGGCGAAAUCGGAGGUCCCCGUGGACCAGAGCCGACUCGUUAUGGCGAUUGGGAAAGAAAAGGUCGUGUGUCGGACUUCUGAAUCAGCCUUGUUUAAGAAUAGCGCAAUUCAUUUGUUAAUAAUAAUUAGAAAUUGUUAU